ACGUCGCAUUUCCGUCUCUGUUUAUUGUUUUCAGAGAAAUUUCACGGCACAUAUUCAACAUUCUAACUUUGUGUCUCUUUCCUUGUUAAAUAUUCACAAGUCGAUUGCAACAUACGUGUUUAUUUAUUUAUCAACUCAUCCAAUAUCUUGUAUCUUAACAAUACUGCUGUCGAUAGAAAAGAACAACUUCAUCCAGAUCUCUCUAAACUUCUUCUUGUAUCCGCAAUACAAUAUUAUACCGUGAAUAGUAUUCGAAUGAUCUGCUUUGGGAUUGUAUAGUGCCAAAUUUACACAUGAACACUUCUCCCUUAACAACGAUAAACACGGAAGGAAAGGACAUCAUCUGUGACAAAAGGUGAAAACAGAGAGCGAGGGAAACAGGAGGAAAUCCAAUACGGAAUACACAAUACGGAGUGUGACUCAAGGACUUAUGCCAGAAAUUGGAAUGUAAUUUAUUUUCCACACAUAUGUGCUUCAGCCAGCGCCUCACGCAGUGGAGAAAAACACGGACAAAUGCAAAAGUGGGGUUCAUUUGGGAGUGAACAGGCUCUGAGCGGAAAAGGAAUAUCCAUCAAUUAGCGACAAUGGUGAAUUCACGGGCAGAUUUGGAGACGGAACUGGCCGAGGAAAUCCCCGAGCACUGGUUGGCAGUCAUUGCUCACUAUGUGCUGGGCUUCCGGAAUGACACAGUGGACUUCACUGCGCCCAUCCUCAAGCCAGUCGCCGUGCGCUUCUACCCGCUAUUCAUCCUCCAGUACGGGCUGCUCCUCGUGAUUGGCCUACUCUCCAAUAUCGCCGUUAUCGCCUACAUUAUGCACUAUAAAUUGUUUCACGAUGCCACCCACUCAUUCAUCGUUAAUCUGGCUUUCUGCCAUUUCGUGCAGUGCUCGGUCGUCCUGCCGAUCACUCUCAUGGUGCUCCUGAUACAGAAUUGGAUAUUCGGCCAGUUCCUCUGCUUCUUCCUGCCACUACUUCAGGAUAUUCCUCUUCAUGUGGCAAUUAUUACUCAUCUGCUGAUUGCGUGGGAUCGCAUGAGGUGGCUCAUGGACCCGCUGAGAGCUCGUUUGCCAGCUUUCGUCUGCAGCUGUGCGACGUGGUUAGCUGGCAUGGUGAUUGCUCUGCCGUACCCAAUUUACACUACAUAUUUAGACCUCGGGUUGUACAUGAAGCAAUUCCGUGGCGUUGGGAUUUGCGCUGUAAAUCUUGUGGACGAUAUGCAAGAAUAUAUGCGAGGACUUUUUGUCAUAAUGUAUUGCGCACCUGUAACUAUUCUGUCGUAUUUGUACAUAAGAACCUCUCGAGAAUUGCGGGAACCCGAUGGGCCACUCGAUGUACUCAUGUUUGAAGCCAGAGUUGAUACACGCAAUACACAUCAGAGGUCAUCAUCGUCGUCGACGAGCGCGCGAGCGGGAAGGGGAAACACCUACAAUGGCGAGGGUUCGGGGACGAGGCGGCCAUCUCUCAGGGCGCACCAGCAGCGCUCCUACGACCUGUACGACGCCGAGCUGGACGUGUGCCGGGAGAAGAGGACACAGCGCUUCCUGGGCGCAAUGGCAGCCGUGCACGUCAUUUGCGUAUGUCCGCUGAUGAUAAUGAGGCUCGCUCGAAUGGCGCUCGUGGAGACCUACGACAAUGCCACACACUUCGAUCUCACGUAUCUCAUGUUUGUGUGGAUGGCCUUCCUGCCCACCGCCAUCUUCCCGUGGAUCUACGGCUCGUGGGUGUUGACCAGGCCGGUGAAGGAACGUCUCCGCGGCUACUUCCGUCUCUCAUCGCGCCGCAGCAAUAACAGCAUCCCCAAGGCUGGUGAGCCUCGUCUCUCCACCACAGAAGACUUCGUCUCCCAGGAUGUCACCACGGAAAUAUCACACAUCCAGGAGAGUAACUACUCUCGUCACGGCGACUCUUUCACGCGAAAACACUCCCGAAGUCGCCAACACCGACGGAGCAGCAACAGCGAAGGUAAUUCAAUGGCAUCUCGAGGAUCUCGCAGCAAUUCCGUAGGCAGAGUGGCGAAGAGGGACUCAAACGCGAGUUCAGAACUGCGAGAAGUAUCGCCGUUCAACGAACGCAAAAGUGCGCUCGAUGUAAAGCCCGUGGCAUCGUUUGCGUACAGAAAGUCGAGCUUUCUACUGGACACCAACUCAACAUUGUCAAAUGAUCCGUCAUUUCCCGGCUCCACCAGCACUCUGGAGCACGAUCUGGAGAUUAUAGACUUGCUGGAGCGCGAGAGGAGUAUGGAUAUUCAAGAGAUGCUCCAGCGCGAGGCCGCGAUGGAGGAGCAGAGCAGAGCGAAGCCGCGGAUGCUGCCGGAAAUCUCGCCGAACCGCGGUCUGGUCACAUCACCACAGUUGCUGGCCAGCUCAAGGGGCAGCACGCGUAGGGUGAAGCACAGACAACUGGCCAAGGAUAUCGAUCGACGGGAUUUGGCGGCGUCGCGGGCGAGACGCGCCAGACGCACGAAUUGGCUCAAGUCCACGAACUAG